AUGACAUACCCAUCAUCAUAUUCAUAUUACUAUCCACUCACUCAUGAGCUCUUGAAGAAGUGUGCCAGUGCUGGAAAUUAUAAUAGAUGCCAGCAGCAGAAGCAGAGCCAACAGCCAACAUGGAGUCCAAAGAUUGAUGUAUAUUCAGAUCCAUCAACUGUUACAAUCUAUGCAGAGCUCCCUGGUCUGAAGAAAGAUCAAAUCAACAUUGAUAUCAAGGAGCACAUCUUGACCAUCACUGGUGAGAAGUCACGCUUUGUCAAUCCAGUCCAAGUUCCAGUCCACGUUCCAGUCUCAGAGUCACAGCAACAGCCAUCAUCGCCUCAGUCUGAAGUUCUCGGAGAGUUCACAUCAAUCCCAAGUGAGAAUGACAACAACAACGAGAGCAUUGAUGAGCAAUCAAAGAGUGCCUCGACAUCUUCAACAACACCAUCAACACCAUCUACACCAAAGACAGAUACCAUCAACUCUGAGAUAUCAUUUGGCAAGUUCUCCAGACAGUUUAGACUUGGUGAUGAUGUCGAUGUACAGUCAGCCACGGCCAAGCAUCAGGAUGGUGUGUUGUUGAUCACCUUCCAGAGGACCCAGCCUCAGACAUGGAAGGUCAACAUCCAGUAG